AUGCCGGUCCCGCGCGGCUCUAUUUCUCCCGCCUCAGUCCGCCUGCUGUGCCCCGCGCCCCACGAGCUGCGCUGGGGCGCCCCACUGCGCCGACCCCCCUUCGAAGCCCCCUUGCCCGCGUCCAUUCCGCCUUCGCCAACCAACGCACGCAGCGCCAGCAACCGGUAUCUUUGCGCCGGUGCCAGCCAUCCAAACGGCCUCCCGAGAGUGGGAGCGCGGGCAAAACGAGCCGCACGCUUUGCUUUCCAAGGAGAGCAGCCGAGGCACGAAUGCCCUCGCCAGCCACCUCGCCCCACAGGGGACUUCAGCCCCUUAGCAAGAACAGCAGCGUGUCCCUCAGCACUCCAGAAACGGCCCCUUUCCACUGACCCCCACUCUCCCUGCGCAGUCCCAGGAAAGAGCCCUGUUUUCUCGCCCCGCCGUCCCUCCGCGCGCGCGCGCGCAAUACAGCGCGCCUGCCUGCCCGCCUCAUGCGUCGCACUCGCGAAGUUUGGCGCUCUUGCCUGGUCCCCCAACCCCCACGCCGUCCUUCCUUCCCUCCCUCCCUCCCUCCCUCCUUGCCUGCCUCCCUCCCUCCGCGCUAGUUACUGUUGCCGCGCUUCUGCUGCCGCUGCUGCCAGCGACAGGACAAAGGCACAUUAACACGUGAUGGCAACUGAGCUUCAUAAAUGGGACCAGGAGGGAAAGAAGGGGUGUGCGGCGAGGCAAGCUGUUGAGGAGGGGAGACGUCGGGCAACAAGCCGCAGCAGCCGAGGAGGAGGAGGAGGAAGAGGAGGACGGGGCUUCGGGGAGGGCGCUGGGCACAGUUCCUUUUCCUCUCAGAGCUCCAGGAGCAGCGCAGAAGAGAAGCACAUGGCGAGCGGCGCGCGAGACCGAGGCCGGCGCCAGACCUGAGGGGCCGAGAGGAACGCGGAGCUGCUCCCCUCUCCUCUCGCCUUCCUCCUACCUUCGCGCCGCCUUCUCUUCCCCCACCCCUCCCCGUCCAGCCCUCCGCUCCCCUCCCCUCAGUCAGUGCCGCCGGGCGGAAAAGCUCGCCCCGCUCGCUGCCCGCCGAGGGUCAGCCUUGGAGCAGCAGCGCGCGCCUCCACCGCGAAGGGAGCGCGAGGCGCGAAGACCCAGCGCGCGCUCUCCAGACCACCCCCGCUGCGCCGCCUCCCCUCAGCCGAGGGAGCUGCGAGAGACGGGGCCAUGUGAACGUGGGGAAAGGUAAGGACGGGGGGGGGCGGGCAGCUGCUCUUUGGGCAAGGAGACCCGGGCGGGCAAUGGCUAUAGGUCAGCCAGGGGCAGCGGGGGGGGGGGGCGCCGUGUUGCUGCCCGCUUCGCCGCGCGCGCAGGGCUGGAUGGAGAACCCCGCCUGGAACUCAGACCCGUCCGCCCAGGACAGUUGCGCGUGGAGUCGCGCGGUGCCCCGAAUUUCAGGGGCGAGCUCCUUGAAAGGCGAGGACCUCGCUGGACUCGCCUCAAGGUGCCGGUUUCAAGGUGUUCCUCUGGGUAGACGCAAGCCCUUGAGAGUUCAGUCCUCAGAGCAAAAUCUCCACUGAUUCCUCUGUCCGGACUGCACCUUUGGAUCCCGGUCAUCAGCAGACGAAUCGGUGGAAGUUGCUGCCAAGUAGCGUUAUCCGAAAUGCCAAUUAAUGCGUGAUCUGUUUCCCCAGGGGAUAGAUUUUUGGAAAGCUUUACUUUAGGAAGAUCAAGUAGUUUGUGUGUCACAGAUAGGUAGCUCACUCUGUGUGUGAGAGAGAGCGAGAGCGAGAGCGAGAGCGCAUAUGUUUAUAUACCUAUAUCCCACCCAACCGCUUUCUAAUUAUUGUUUGUAUAGUAUCUGUAUUGUUGUAACUAUGAAUCUUUUGAGAGCCGCCUACAGCAAUUCAGGUAUAGUACCAGAUGCAUAAAUGCUCUGCACUCUCAAACUGGGCAAUUUUCCUACAAAGGAUCAGUGUAGGCAUCUGUUUAAAAAAUGGUCUGAAACGGAAAAUCAUAACAAUUCAUUGGGGCUUGUAUGAAAUACACAGCACCUGAUGAACCAGGAAAGUUUUUAUUUCUGUAUUUGUGGCCCCAGAAUAUAAAUGUCCACUCUAAUGUCCUUUGUUAGGGAAAGAAAAUAACCAGUCUGGAAUUAUACAGGAGCAUAAAAAGGCAGAAGGUGACCUCAAUUAACAGUCAUUGAAUGAAUUAGUGCUUUAAAGGAGAGUCAUUUGUGGACACUGAACCUGAGACCUCAGCCUAGACUUUGUUGCGCUUCACCCAUUUGAGGUUAAAACUGCAAAGUGGGGUUCAGGUGGCUUUGCUAGAUUUUGGCGUGUCUUAUUUGUCGUUCCAUUGUGUGAUAGCACCAUUGCUGGAUACAAGAGCCGUAAUCAAAAUCAAUGGAUUCUUAAAAGCAACCAGAAAUUUGCAGAUGCUGUGUUGUGUUAAUAAAGGUCCUUUGCAUAUGGCAAAUGGUGCACUGCUCUCUUAUUUCCUUCGUGUUACAGGUAUAAUUGAUCUGAUCCAGAAGAGAUCAGGGCAGAGUGACUAUGUAAUGAGGCAAGAUUGAGUGAAUGGAAAAUAUAUUUUCUCCAGGUUCAUUUCUUCUGUUAAUGGAUAUGAUCUUAACGGGGAUGGGGGGCACAGGGGGGUGGAGGGAUGUGAGAUCUGACAAGAGGCAGCUUUGUAGAAGCUAAAGACUGGUAGUUUUAUGGCUAAUAUGCAUUCAUUCUUCUCCAUACAGAACCUUUCAGAGCAGUCAACCUCUAGGUUCCCAUAGGACUUUGUCUGACAUAGAGGGUUUCGUCUUUAAUCCUAACCCUUUGGUGAUUAAUAAUGGAAGACAUUCUUAUUGAUUUUUCCUGUAUUAUCUCUUCUCUCGCCUCUCCCCUUCCCUCCCGCCCCAACUCCCAACAGUUAAGGUUCUAAACAGCAGGAAAAGGCAACUAUAGGAUGUUGUUUUUUUUUGUACACUGGUGGUUAUCCUGGAUGCAGAGAUGCUCAGUGAGGUAUAAACAAAACACUGAGCAUCCAAUAGCCUCUAAAUAUUUGAUGAUUCCUCCCCACCAUCCAGUCUAGUAGAAUUAUCUACAGCAAGUAAGAAAUGGUUAAAUCUUUGGUGUUAAGCAUCAGGUAUUUUGACAAACAAACUAUUCUUUGGGUGGGCUUCUAUCAAAAGUACAAGCUACAGUGAAAAGCUUCCAGGGCGAGGUAUGUCUCAAGCCUUGGAUGAAAUGAUGAUUUCUGACAUCACUUUACUAAUAUACAUAUAUAUAUAUAUAUAUAUAUAUAUAUAUAUAUAUAUAACUAUAUAACAACAUUAGAGGAUAACUGCCAUUAUCUUGCUUUGAAGAAUGCUAUGAAUUUUACUUUUAAGGAAAAAAUAUGCCUUCAGCAUGCAAUAUGGCUUGGUUGCCUAUUGUGUGGUUACUUUGAAAACAUCUAGGGAAAAUAAAUUCAAUUAAUCAGAUUUGGGGGGGGGUGUCUUUGGAGGUUUAUUUGUACAUGCUAAGCCAUAAUGAUGCAAAGUUUUAUUUGUUUUAUGAUGAUUAUGAUUUAAAAGGCUUAAAUAUGGUGGUGGGUCGUUCUCACUCUUCCUGUAUGUUCCUCCAGUGUUAUUGUUCUUCUUUGCCUUAAAGAACAAGCACCUCUCUGACUGCUGGUAUUAUUGCUGUUGUUGUUUGGCCUAAAGAACCCAGCCAGAGCAGCAUUUUUUAAAAAAUGCAUUUUAAGUAAUAAGAUGGUUAACACUGCAGCAAUUAGCGGAGCUUAUUUUUACACAGACUGCACAUAAUAGAAAUUACAGAGAUGUUGCCUCUUCUACUCAGUAAGAAGAAAGAAGAAAUAGCAGUCAUUAUGGUGAUAGGUCAUGUUAUGUAGCAAGUGUAAAUUUGCAAUAAGAGAGAAAGCAGGAGUGUCUAAUUAGUUUAAGCCAAAUAUGCACAUGUAAAAUUGCAUUAACUCAAAAUUGGCUUUGCAGCAAAAACACACACAGAGUCACCUUUUAGAAUAUAUUGGGAUGAAAUAUAGAACUUAUCUGAAUAAAAUGAUCUUGAGCUGAAUUUAUAAAACCAAUAAUUUAAUUUCAAAACUAAUGAUCACUGAAAAAGAGAGAAGUCUUCAAGGAAUAUAAGAUAUGUUUUCUAUUAAGAUACAUCAUCAGCCUCCUGUAACACCUCAAAUUGGAAAGUAAUGGAAAAAUAACAAACCUGGAAAAAAUCCAAGAUCAUGAGUAAUAUCCAACAUUAAUCAUACUCAGUUUAUACCUAUGGAAUCAAGGAAUUUAAGUGCAUUAAUUGAUUUCAGUGGGUCUGCUCUUGAGUAUGACCAACGUUGGCUGUCACCUGCGCUCCUAAACAUGUUUACUUGGGAAUAAAUUCCAUUUCAAAUAAAAAUGCAGAGUAUUGCACUGCAGGAGUGUGAUGUCUUUGAUUUUAUUAGCUGUUGUUCUUUAAAUAAUUGCAUUGGUUCCAUUGCAUAAAGGACAUCCUUACAAGUUUUUUUUUAUGCUUUGCUAAAUGGAUGAUGUGUCCUGGGCAAACUUUGCCGUUGUGUUUCUGAAUUCAAAUUUCUAAUCGAAUUCUUCCUACUUUCAUAUAUAAACAUACUGUACUUUUGAUUAAGAAAGCUCAGAGACUGAGAUUGAAUAGAAAUUUUCAGUGCUGCUUUCAUAACUGAAACUUUGAGUACUAGUCUCUGUUUGUGACUGAAGCAGUUUAGUCAAGAGAUUAAAGUGAAGCAAAAUCCUAGACAGCAUAUAAAACAGCAUAUAAUAUAUAGAUACGGUCUAAAGGCUGUCACCCUUUCUGAAGUGAAGCAGGUCUGUAUCUGGUCAGUGCCUGGAUGGGAAACCUGGUUCACUGAUGAAGGAAAGGGGUGAUAUAAAUGAUUUCUAAAAAAAUAAAAAUAAAAUAGCUAAGAAUUUUAGAGUUAACCCCCCCUUCAACCGUACAAUUCUAUUUCAUCCACUCACUCCCACGCUUCUCACUAAUUUCUUAUGGGGAAAGGUUUUUAUUAUUUUUUAUAAUACCCUAAAAGAUUCAUGUCCUUUUCAAAGCAACUGAUUCUAUGAAUUUUCUCCACCAAAUCAAUCAUACUUCAAAGCAUCUUCAGAAUUCAUUUUUGUCUCUUGUUAAGGUGUGGGCCUUUUUCCGACUCUCCUUUGUUCGUGGCUAUAUUAUUAGUUUUCAAAAAUGUUCACUUUCAGAAGGAUGCCAUUUGGAGCAAUUCCUCCAUCUUUCAGAGUUGCAUUCUCCCCCCCCCCCCCACAAAAGUCAUCCCAAAAAAAUUCUUAUGCAUUCAUUGUGAAAAGUUGAAUAUUUUACCUUUUUUGAAACUCAGGCAUUGUACGGUCAACUGCUGCCAACAAUCCUAACACUGGGACUCAUCCAGGAUUAAAGCAACUGUACAAAUGGACACAGAAGACAGAGAGAAAUGGGCCCUUAAUUGCAACAAUGCUGCUCUUGUUUUCUUACUUGUAGGGGACUAAACGUCUAGUUCAGAGCAGUUUUGCAAGCGUGCCAAAGCAGGCCUAAAAUGAUAUUAUGUUAAUAAAUUUGAAUAGAAGCUGUGAUAAAAUUUAAGCUGUUCUGUUCUUAUACUGCUGGCACAUUUGAUGUUAGAACUAAGAGUUUGCUAAGGCUGCAGUCCUAUACUCACCUGGGAAUAACCUUCACUGGACUCAAUGCAACUCAUAGCUGAGUAGACGUAGUUAGGCUUGUACUGUAAGGCUGCAGUCCUAUAAUGACUUACCUGGGAGUAAGCUCAAGUGAACUCAGGGGGACUUGCUUCUAAGUAGACAAGAACAGAAUUGCUCUCUCAGUGUGCAUUUGGGGUUAUAGUUGUGUGUGUAUAUAGUUGUGUUUCAAAGAACGCUUGAUCUCAAUAGAAUAAAAUAUGUGAAGUGAUAUUGUUACCGAAAUCCAAAAGCUAAACACAUCUAUUUGCAUGGAAUUAUUUGGGAAUCAAGUCUAUGGAACUGAUUACUAGUCUAGGUUUGUAAUCUGGAAGAACAUUUUGUAAACUUUUUUCUUUAGUUAAAAGAAUACAGUUACAAAUUGUAGCAUAGCCUUUUGUUUCUUUCUAUGUAAUAAAAGUAGCUUUUAUUGUGCUACAUUCCCAAAUGGACCAGGUCCAUGUUUUUCUAGUAUGUUACCCUAUUGCAGGCCAACCAGAUAUAGUAGAGAUCCAGACAUCUCUAUCUUUAUUGAUUAUGUAGGAAACUUCAAAUGUGCAGCACCUACCUAAAUCCCCUUUCUUAAGCAACAAUUAAAGGUUCAUGAACCCUGUUGUCUUUUGCAUCUGAUCUUCUGGCAUCUGAUCUCUUGGCAGGCCCCUGCAGAGCUUGCCUGAGGCCUGGGGUGGGAGUCUUAUAAGAAUAAAGUUAUAACCUCAAACAAUAAGCAGCUGGUCCCGUUUAGCCAUCCAAGACCCUGGGCAAGAAUAUCUGGCUGCCCCCCCCCCCUCCAGCACAGACUGGUCUGUUGAUAAUGAACAAAUUAGAUACUUCUGUAUAUCAAUUUUAUUCACUGAAAAUGUACGAGGAAAAGGCCGUACCAAAGCUGUAAUAUUUUACAUGAUCUAGAGAUGACCUUAUCUGAAGCAAUCAUGUGUAUUGAGUUAGUCAUGUUUACUAGAAAGACUUGAGUAGACGAUGCUGAUUAAGUAACACUAUAAAAAUCUUAUUUUAGCCCAGCUGGAGUAAAUUUUCACACCUGCAUUUUAGGAAAGCUUGCAAAGCUUUUCUCCCCUUGAUGACUAUGUUAAAUUAGUACGGAAUCGUUAUUUUUAGUCACGUCUGCCUGUUUUUAACAUAGUGUGCAGAUAGGUUAGAUCUACUGUAUCCACCAUGAGCUAGAGAAGGGGAGAAGGUGAUAUUUGCAGAUGCAAAGAUCUUCCCUCUGCAUUUCCCCAUGCAGAACAGCUUGGGAGUGAGGGCAUGGGCCCCAGGGGUAGAGAGAACCCUCUUCCACUCAAUCCAGGGGAACCUGCUUCUGGAUCUCAGUCCCUCAUGUGGACAGAAUGAGCUUUUCCACUUGCAGAAGAGCAGCUCUGGGUCCAACUUGGUGUGCGGAGAGCAAAUCAAACGUAUUAGUAUAAUCUCAGUGGAGCCCUGUCACCCCAUCCCUACUUCUGUAUCCCCUCUUUUCAGAAAGCUUUUUUGUAUGAAUUUCACAUAUGAUAGACAUUCCACAUGAAGUGUCUCUGGCAUGUAUUAAAACACAUUAGAUAUUUCUCAGCUUCAUUGUUUGCACUUCAGCAUAAACAAUUUUCAUUAGCUGAUACCAAGAACUACCUCAAUAUCUGUAAGCUUUUCAUUGCUCAAGUGAGCUGACAUAAUAGUUGUUGUUUAUAUGUGUGCAGAGUGAGUUAAUCUACUCCCUUUAGCAUAUGGAAAUGCAUUUUUACAUUAAACAUAUUUUUUUUUUUUGCAGUUGAGGCUUGCAGAUGUGACAUCACCCACGUUUUGUUGUUCUGAAUAGCAUUAUCCACUAUAAUUCUUUCUUUUUACAUAAGCAGAAGCAUCUGCACGUUUUCAAUGUAUGCUGCAUGGCCCAACAAUCUGGUGUGAUAUCUUGAAACGCUAGGAAGUAUCUGUUUCACCAGCUAUUUGUUUCCCUUAGGGUAUGUAUCUGAAUACCUACUUAACUUGAAUUCAGCUUUGAAGAGAGGCAUAAAACAUCAUCUUGAGAAGUGUUCAUCACUUAAGCUGAUGACAGAGAGUAUGUUUUCUUUCUUUCUUAACAGCAGAGUUUUACCAAGCAUGAUAAUGCAUCAAUGAUUUCCUCCAUCGGUUUAAUGUUAAGAAAAUGCGUUUGCAGUUGCGUUCAUCACUACUUGUAGUCUUAAAAAAACGAGACCGCAACUGGAGGUUCUUGGGUUAAAUCCAGUUACCAAAGAGGUGGCACCUGUCCCUACACUUGCCAGUCUAGAAGCAAAAGAGGUGAAGAGGUUUGGAUAAGAUGGCAUCUGUGGCAACAGCCUAUUUGACAGACCUGCACUAGGGUAUGUGGCUUGAAAUAAUGUCCCCAAAACCCUUUUCAGAGUUGAUAUUGGGUCUAUGAAACUUUUACAUUACAGUAUUGCCUCAUGGCCCAUUCAUGUCUCACAUAUAAACUUGUAUAUUUAAUCAUUCUAUGAAUAAUUUAACUUCCCAUUGUGGAUUGAGUUCUGGAUUGUCUCCAAAACCAUAAAACACCAACAAUUUCCUUAAUGAGUAGUUUGUGCUCUUUCAAAAUCAGCUCUUUCUUUGAGAAAACUGACAAUUAUUUCUCAGCUUUUUCUUGGUGCUAUUACAUCAGAUUCCAUUUCACGCCUCUCAUCAGACCAAUCUGCAUUUAUCAUUUGACAGUAUGCUGCAGUGGUUCUCAAACUUUUCUCUAGGCCACAGUUUCAGAAUGAAAACUUGCUCGCACCACAACUGAAUUUUUAAUUGAUCAGAAAUGCAGUGGAAAACAACAAGAAACAACUCCCGGCAGUGCUUGGUUUAUAUCACAGAACACAGUCACUUUAUAAUAUGAUCACGGGACAUCCAGAAAGUAUAAAACAAUAGCUUUGUAGGAACAUGACUCAUUCCCAAAUAUAAUAUUGGUUGCCUUUGAAUCUUCCCACUACAUUUGCCACCCUCUCCUGCAAAACCAGUGCGACACACCACACCCUUUGAAAAACCACUGGUACACUGCAAACCUAUUACAUUAAAAAUACUUCUCUCCAUGUCAAAUCUGGCUGGGAAAUCAAUGAUACUCAUUAUAGUUUUGCUGAUACGUUAUAUCAAAUAUGUUAACCAUUCUACAAAUGGACUUCUGAAGUAUACGCUUAAAAUAAGGCACGUAGUCAAUACUUUUUACCUCAGUUUUACUUUUGGUAGAAAAUGGCUGUUGUUCCCAAAAUUCAUGAUGUGUUUCUUGCCUCUUCUUCCAUCCAUAACCCUGCCACCAUCCAUCAUGCUGGCUCUCCCUUUCCUCCCACAUAAAACAAUUCACUACUUCAUCUGCAACAUUACCUUAGGCCUCCAGCAUCUCAUUUGUACUGUCUGAUGAAAUCCAUAUCCAUACUCCAAACAUUAUUGUCCAGAAAAAGGGUCAUUUUUUAAAUAUAAUUAUACAUGAAUGAAAUACAGUGGUUUAUGGUUUCCCUCAAGCUUUAACUCUAAUCUUUAAGCAUGUUUAGUUGGGUCAAAGGUUCAACUUUCCAUCAUUACCACCUUUCCAUAUUACUUGUCUUGUGUCUUUUUAUAUUACAUUUUUAAUUUUUGCAAGAUAUUGUAACCUCCUUGAGCCCCUGAGAUAGGAUAUAGCUUAGAUCUAAAUCAAUAAACGAGAAGACAUAUCCUCAAAAACCUUCAAAUACUCUGUAUUCUUUAUAAAAUUCAAUUAAAAAGUGUCCUUUUUAAAGUCGUCUGUCAACCUACUUUAAGCUAGCUCAAGAAUCUUCCCUCUUUUUUUUCCUUCAACAGCUUGAUUAGAGAUGUAAAAUAUCUGGAAUUUUUGAAACCAUGGGGGAUCUUUUUUCUGGAAGAAAGCACAUUUUCCAGAAAUUUCUUUAAAAAUUGAAUAUUUCAUUAAAGCACUACAUAUCAAAGGUCACUUCAUUACUUAAGGAACAUAAAAUGCAUCAUGUAUAACUUGGUUUGCCAUAGAAUGAUCAUGUCUGGUACAUUAAAAGUACAGUUAAUUCAGACAGUGAUUACAAAUUGAAUUUAUUCUUUACAUUUUUUUUGUUACAAAAGUAGCCACAAGUUGAUGAGCACUAAGGAAGCUAGAAUCUCUUUGAUUUUGUCAGUUUACGAGGUACAGGCAAAACCCCAAGAAAAAUAUAAACCAACAGUGUUAUAGUAAAACAAAUUAUUAUUUAUUCUGCAAAUUAUUUUGUCUCUUUCCAGUCCUUCACAGUAUCAAGCAGACAUAAAUCAUUCAUUGUCAUAAAAGGAGGGGAGGGGAGGGAAAACAAUACUAAAUGACCACUGCAUGAAAUUCAAUCAGCGUCUUUUUUUAAGCUACCGUUAUCCAUAUCCGUUUCUUCAUAACUGUCAUCAUAUUUAUCAUGAAUUACUGAAAACUGAAGGUUUGCCCAAUUUCAAAAAGUUUCCUACCUUUUCACAUUUUUGUUUAUUUUUUGAUUUAGUGUUAGUAUUUCCAAACAUAGAUCAUUUUCUUUAACAUAAUGCAGAAGAAGAUGGAGGAACCUAAAGUAGGUAAGAAGCAAGAAGAUUUGGGAGGCUGUGUUGUACAAAGGCCUUGCUGCCAUGUUGCGGGACGAAUAUGCUUGGCAGAAUCUCAGACUACAUUCCUUGGCCAAAUACUUCAAGAUGUUCCCCAGUCUGCAACAUUUGAAAGUCCCUUUCCAGCAUCAAGCGUGCUGCUUGUUUUGUAAUCCAGUCAAAUGCAGAAAUAGUGCUAUGAUCACUUACAUUUCUGCUUUUGAAUCUUGCAUCCAACAGAUGUACAGCAGUGUGAACUAGAUGGCAACAAAAUUAAUUGCUUUGUACUGUCUCCCAGUCCUUUAAGUUUUGAGUUUUUAAAAAUAUUAUAAUUUAGUACAUUUACACCCCACUUGUCUUCCAUCAUGGAACUCAACAAGUACACCAUCAAGACUUACAAGAUAUACAGCAGGGAUGUCCAACUGGUUGACCACGAUUGACUGGUCGAUCCCUGGGAGGUUUUGGUCGAUUGUGGUUGAUUUUUCCUUUGCGUGGGAAAAAGAGGAUCCAGCCCCACCCCCUUGGCCCAUCCUCCAUUUGCGCAUGAUCGCUAGAACAGAAGACAUAGUUUUCGCUGUGAGGCCAUUUGUUUCCUGAUCAACAACUUUUACAUCAACCCCCCAAAAAGGUCAACAACUUUGACCUUCCUCCCUAAAAAAUGCUCAACAACUUUGACCUGAACCCCCCCCAAAAGGGUAGAUCACUGCUAGUUUUUUAUUCUGUGAGUAGAUCACAGUCUCUUGGGAGCUGGAUGUCCCUGAUAUACAUGUACUAAAUAAUAAUAAUAUACCUUUUUACCAGUUUUAAAGCCAGCAAAACCCCAUCUUUUUAUUUUAAAAUAUACAGUGCAGAUGGGGUAUAGCUAUAGCAGAGAGGGGUUUUUUUUGGUAAUGGUCUCAGUGCAGCUUCUACAAAUGUGGUUUGUUUGUUUUUUUAUAUUUAUUUACUUUUUGCUGAAAAAACCGGGCCUGCUUCAUUUUUGCCUGGAAGAUUUUUUUUGUUUGCAUCAGCACAAAAUCUGUGGAACUCACUUCUACCAACUCUGGUGCUCAGUAAAUUUGUACAACAAAUACAUUAGCAACUUUUAAAAUGUCAGUCAAACUUCUUUUUCAGUCAGAGAUAAAGCAAAUAGCUGAAGCUUGACACUUCAUCUGGGCCACUGCUUUUAAUUUUUUUGAAAUAGUCCCCCCCCCCAAUAAUAAUAAACAGAUGUUUUGUGACUAAUAUUAGGGCAUUCUUAGGCAGUCUUACUUUGAUUAACUUUGUGUGGGUGGGCAUUUCUAUUCCCAUAAUCCCACUAUUAACUUCAACCAUGCUCUCUGGGAGCAUCAGAGUGCACAACCUCAGGGCCAGUGUUCUAUCCUUACACAGAGCUGAUACAUAGAACCACAGAAUUGUGGAGUUGUAAGGGACCACAGGGACCAUCUGGUCCAGGGGUCAGCAGACUUUUUCAGCAGAGGGCCGGUCCACUGUCCCUCAAACCUUGUGGGGGGCCGGACUAUAUUUUUUUGGGGGGGAAUGAACAAAUACCUAUGCCCCACAAUAACCCAGAGAUGCAUUUUAAAUAAAAGCACACAUUCUACUCAUGUAAAAACACACUGAUUCCUGGGCCGUCUGCGGGUCGGCUUUAGGAGGUGAUUACUAAUAAGCAGUUGUAAGAGAUUUAAAUAAGACCAUAGUAUUUUGAAUGAGUUUGUACACACACACACACACACACACACACACACACACACACACCCCACAUAACACACACGGGGGGGGAGUGUCCAAAUGCUCUAUACUUUCCCCAUGUGAAAAAGAAAUGCAGAAAAUAAGUAAUAACAAGUGUUUAAUCUUAUGAGUCACUGCAGGGAUAAUCAUGAAAAAGCUCAUAUCCAUUCUGUGAUGCUUUGUAGAGUUAGGUACCAUAAGUAAAAUUUCCCCAGAUUAUCUAGUUGAUUUUAUAGGCCUAUAACAGCAAAGUGACUCAUGGCAAAUUUUAUUAUAGCUUAUUUAGACUUUUGUUGGGUACAAUCCCCUUUAGAUACAUGAAUUGUUAUCUUCAGUUGCAGGCCUAUAUUCAGGAAAAGUUUUUCUGCUUGAUUCUGUUUGAAAAAGAAAGACUUGACACUAGAUUAUGGAAGAAUAACACUGGAGAUCUUUGAGGGACAGACAUCCUGCCUUGAACUCUUUGGAUGAAGGGCAGAACAAAAACGCACUAAAUAAUAUAUAACGGUACCAUAUAUAAAUAAUACAUCUGAUGAAUUAUGCCAUUGCCUGUGGGUGUUCAUACCAGAAAAAGGUAAGAAAGACAUGACCAAGCACAUAAGAGUGCAAUCUUAUGUGUGCACACUCAAAAGUAAGUCCAACUGAGUUUAAUGGGGCUUACUCCCAGGUAAGUGGGUAAGCCACCAAUAUAUACUAAAUACUAAAAGGUAAUGAUAGGAAAACUUGGAGCAAAAAACCCAAUAUUCUUAGGUAGUGACACUGAGUUUUAGGUGGCAGAGAGCCCAUAUGAGUGAUUCUUUUAAGCCACACAUUCUACCACAAUUUUACUCAUUUAAUUUAUUCAGCCUUUUUGGCAUAAUUUAGAAAAUAAGAUCAUAAAAGAGGGGGAAAACGCAUCCAUAAAACGUUGCUAUCGUCCACUACAGGAUGAUAAGAGACACCUAAGCUGCUCCUGGAUAAGAGAACUCACACUGAGUUAAUAUUAUUUAUGAAAUGUCUAUUCUGGCCAUCAUCCAAUGAUUACCAGGCGGUUUACAAUAUAAUUGUCUUCUGUGUCAGCUCACACAGGAAAAAGCUGAUUUCCCAUGUUGGGCAUAAGAUUACCAGGGGUGGUUGUCUCUCUAAUUUUAUAUUAAGCCACACCCCCUCCAUGGUGGUCUCAAAAUUAAAAAUGUAACCACUAGACCAAAAUGGUUGGCAGCCCCUAAAGAAAUCCAGCAGAUAUGGUACACAAAGCAACACCUGCUACAGGUGUUUUCUUUUCAUGAAGAUGCUUUUCUGUGCCUUCAAAAGCUGCCUGUCAGUAAUUCAGGCACUUUAUACUUUGUCAUUAUUUAGAAUUGUCCCCAUGGGGCAUCCUAGCCCCCGUUUUCACAGAGAGCAGCGACCUGGUUGGUGUGCUGAUGCUUUAAAAAAGAAAGGGAGGAACAAACUCCUCACCUCCCUCAUCUAAAGGUAAACACAGUGCAUCUGAAACUACCUCCCCCAGAUUAAUACAGUCUUCUAAUUUCCAAGUAAUUAGACUAAUAAAUUAAUAGCAGGUCAAAGAUUAAUUAGAUAAUAUACAUGUGCAUUAAACAACCAUGAAAAUAUAGGCAUUUGAUAACUAUUUUCAACUCUUCACCUCCGUUUAUCAAGUUAGCUGUAAAUGUUGUUCUCUAAACAUAAAUACAGCCUAGUCUACAGUCAUCCAUACUCUGCUGGCAUCUUGCAUUUGUAGAUUUGCCCAUCUGAAUAGGGCUGAGGAAAGAAGGGAAUCUGCACUUGAGAGACGACAAGGAAAACUGGAGGGCUGAAUCUGCAGCCUGUUCCUGAUCGCCAAAUGAAUAGGCCGGGACGACUACACCCUGCAUUGGGAAGUGGCCCCAGAGAUCAUUAAAUUUGAACUGUUCACAAAUUAUUUACAGAGUACCCAAGAGAAUCUCCCUGCACAACCACAUGAUAGUUAACUUGAGGGCUGAUUUUGUGAAGUGCAGGAGAGAUCCAUUUCAACGUUUUAAAGUUUGCAGGAUGUGAGGAAUGCAGGAACAAGCCUUACAUUGAUCUAUACAGGGCUUCCUAACCUACCCUUUAGCCUCUCCAGGGGAGGACUUAAGUAUUUCACAUUUCAGGGGCACUGAACUGGUCGUGCUGCCUUAACCUACCUCUGAGCCUCUCCCAGCCAAUGCUAUUUGGCCAGCCAUGCAGCUUACUAUUGAUAAAAACUGUGGCGUUUAAGGCAAUCAUGAAAAUUUCUGUUUUGCAUACAUUUUAGUUCUUUGAAGAUCCAUGUCAUCUUUUCCUUGCAAUACAUCCCCUUUAGAGAUAAACGUCCUUCACAAGUCUCUUGGGGGAAUCAGAUCCACACUGUUCUGUCCGUCUACUGUACUCUCUCUCCACACAUAGAAGUAAGAAUGCUGACGGUUACAUAUUUUAAAAGUUGCAUAUCACACUCUCACUUUUCCACACACCCCACCCCCAAAUCUUUCAUUUCUUCUAAUCUCACAUUUUAAGUUUUCUGUCUCUCUCUGCUUUAGAGUUUGGAGCACUUUUUAAUGCUGUACUAGUCAAAAUGCUUAAGAGUUCAUGCAUCCUUUUUUUCAAAAAAGCUGUCAACAUAAGCUUACACAUCUCAACAGCAAAGGCUUCCCAUUUUGUAAGGCUUGGGCUGGAUCCAGAAAUGUGCAAGCGGAAGAAAUUCUGGUGCUGAAGCUGUUCUGCAAACCUUUGCCCAAGAGAUAGUGAAAGGCAUUGUUCAGCGCAAAUGGUGGAAGCUUGUACCGCUGAGUAGACUUGUGCAAGAGAUACACAAUGCCUGCUAGAUUUCAUUUCCCUUUUUAUUGUGUAAGUAUCUUUUCUUUGUGGGAAAAAGGGUAUUCUGUUCAGAGAGGAGAACUUCUGGAUCUAACCCCCUUUGUUUAUUUUAUUUAAUUAAUUAUUUGAAGGCUAUGCAUGUUGUUUGUUUGUUUGUUUGAAGUGACAAAUGUCAGGUUUCCCCUUGAUGCCCCCUUCUUAUUGUCAUCAAGUUUGAGACAGGAUGAAGCGCUACUAGCACUUGAGUAUGCUUGCAUGAAGCAAGCACUAAGAAAUGAUUUAUUUUUUUAAAAGUAUUUUGAAGGAUCUCCAAGACCAGUAAUGGGUUGGUCUUAUACUCUUCACAUAUCAUAGUUUAAAGGCAAAUGUACCUAAUUUAUAUUAAUAACAAACCCCCAAAUUCAUUGUAUGAUUUGUUUUGAUCUGGCUUUAAUAAACUUUCCCUCCUAUUUUAAUAGGUGCAUUUAUACACAUUGCUAGUGAUUUGCAAUUAUGAUAGUCCCAACAGCAAACAAAACAAAAUUAAUGUCAGCAGCAUCCUCCAAAGUCUAAACUCUGUUCUAAUGAACUCCCUGGUACUUGCAAAUAAAUUUCUGUCUGCAAAUACAAUAACUUGGAAAUUACUGUAAAAAUCUAAAUGCACGGGUGUGUGGGGGGGGAUUGAAAUGCAGGGUGGGAUUUGCUUUUCAUGAUCCCAUUAACUAUGGUUCUGGCAAAGCAUAUGCAUACAGAGUAGUACUUUGCUGAACAUUUGUUAAAACAUAAGAGUGUCUUAUUAGCAUUUUCAAUAAACAUACGAUCUCACACACUCUUGUGCUUCAAAGGUGGAGAAAGGGGUAUUUAUUCUGAGUAGACUAACAAAUCAUACUCACUGCAGCUUUAUCACUGAAUACUUAGGCUUCAUGAAAAAUAGAAAAAUGUUUAAAAAACACUUUCCUAACUGUCUGCUACUGAAUGAUUUAAAUAGCAACCCCUUGUGUUAUAGAAAUAAACAUAUUUAAGUAAAGUCACUUCUAUAAAUUUUUUAAUGGUUAAUUGAAACAUUAUGUACAACACUCUGCCUGUAUUAUAAAUGAGUGAGGUUAUUUUUGCUUUUUGUUUUUAACUGUGUGGCAGUUUAAGUCACCAGAAAACUAUGUUUUCUAGCAUUUCUGCACUACGUGAAAUAUUGAUACAUUUUGCUUCAAGAAUGGCUAUAAAUUAUAGCAGUCAGGGAAUUAAUUUUGAUCACCUGUAUAAUCUGUCACGAACAUUUGUGGAUGAAUGCUACAUUGAUUCCAAAUUCAGUCUCACAUAUUUUAAAUCUGCUCUUUUAAAAGUUUACUUAGGUUUAAAAAGGGUUUAUUUCUGCUUCCGUUCACAUUAUCAGGAUUUUGUGUCAUAAAAAGCAGACUUUGGGUAGAAUCCAAUUGACAUGCCUAGUGCUGUUGCUAGGAAGCAAAACCGGCAAAAAUGGCGUCACCUCCUCCAUUAGAAGAUACCUUCUACUGGAUCAAAAGCCCCUGGCACUUUACACAAGGACACCAAUGGUACAGAGCAUUUAAAAAAUAAAUAAAUGUUACUUUGUUCUUGUAGUGAUGAAAGCUCCAGCACCAAUUGGCUGAGCUCCUGUGAUGACAUGGCAUGUUUGUGAACAUUCUAGCUUCUCAAGAAACAAAGCUGUAAAAAGUGCUUUCUCAUCAAUUGAAUUAAAAUACAAACAAUUGGAAUAAUACAAAAUGCAGUUAACAACAGCAUAAUAAAAAUACAGAGUGAUAACCAGCUGAAGUGUCCAUCUUAGCAGAGUCUAUCUAUAACAGUAUUUCUGAGGUACGCUUCCAUCUCUAUAUUUUGAAAGACUGAAUUAUGAACCAAGAUUUGCUGAGCCAGCACUAAAUCAUAUGCAGGACUUCCCUGCUCACCAUUAGCAACACUUACUGUUUUCUACCCUGAUUUUUCUUUAUUCUCCAUUGUGUCCACUGUCAUGUUGUAUAGAUUUUAAAAAAACUUUCUGUCAAAAUGAGAGGUGCUACUAUUCCAUUUGCAUCUUCCAAAUGUAUGUCCAUAUUGCUUUAGGACCCACACAAUCUUUUUCUUCCAUGCCUUAGAAUUAUAGAAUCGUAGAGUUGGAAGGGAGCUCAAGGGUCAUCUAGUCCAACCCUCUGCAAUGCAGGAAUCUCAACUAAAGCACCCAUGACAGACGGCCAGCCAACCUCUGCUUAAAAACCUCCAAGGAAGGAGAGUCCACAACCUCCUUAUGGGGCUAGGGAGCAUUGGGCCUGGAGGCGGAAUGUAGCCUUUCUGGCUCACGAAAUUCUCCACAAGCCACACCUCCUCCGUUGCCUUCUAAGGCCACACCCCUCUCUCCAGGCCACACCCCUUCCUGGCUCUGAUCUGACUAUUUUUGCAUGGUUGCUAUGUGUCCUUGAACUAUGUUAAUGCUCCUUGCUUGCCUAGAGGACGUUUAAAGAGGUGCGUGUAGAAAUGUCUAAUUUUUGUACAGCUGGAAUGUAGCCUACCACGCAAAGGGUAAGAAGCACAACCUUUGCUCCACCCACAUUUUGGCUCAGGCCCCACCCACUUUUGCCUCUCCCCGCCUCCACUGGCAUGUGGCCCCCAGAACGUUGCCCUUGAGGGAAUGCUUCCCAUGGGCUGUAAAGGUUUUUCCACUCCUAACUGCCCUGGAUAUUACACAGGAUCCAAAGAAAGGAGUUAGCUGUAUGAAGUGUAAGAAAGCCCAGAGACUUUGGUAGGUAGAUUAAGGACUGACAGAGAAAGAGGAAUCCAAGGAACGUGUACGUUAAGGAGAAGGAAGAUUGAGGAAAUGAGCAAAGGUGACCCAAGAACACAGGCAAAAACAGACUAAGGGGUAUCUACUACCAGACUUCCACAUAUUGAUUCGAAUAAGCUGCAGGCUAUCACCCCAGCUGGUGCCUCCCACCACUCCUGUACAUCCAGCCCAUGACAUUGAAUAGAUUAGCUAUUUUUAUAUAUACUCUUGGCAAUUAAAGGCAAAUUCCCUAUUUUGUUUACUGGCAGAUCUAUGGAGCACAUCGCAAAUUACUGUAUCUGGAAAUGCAGCACAAGUAAUUGGCUUCUGUUCUUCUCAGCUCCCCGUCCCCCCCAAAUAAUAUUAAUCCAUGUUUUGUUGCUUUGAUGUUUAUUUAUUUAUAAUUUUUUUUAUCUUGUCUUAAACAAUUUGCUGAAGGCAGCUCAUAGUCCAAACAUAAAACAUCAAUAAAACCACAGUAAAAAUGAGAGUUAAAAUUACAAUGACAUUUACAACAACCAUAAAAUACCAAUUUAAAACAGUAGAACCACAACGCAAUACAAUAAAAAAUGCUUGUUAGAACAAAUGAGUCUUACUUGCCUCCACCCGAAAAGCAGGCGAAGAGUCACAAGUACAUCAACAGGGUGACAAUUCCUAAACCUUGGGACAAUAAAGUAGAAGACCAUGUUCUGGCCUCUCAAAUUUGACAAGACAUAGGACAUUUGUAAUUGGAUUUCCUAACAUUUUCAUUUUUGCCUAAACGCAUCCAGGGGAUAAUCCCAAAUGAGAGCAAGCAGAGGCAGUAAAGGGAAUGGGAGGUUAGCCUUACCCUGAUACUACUUUCCCCAUUUAAAUUGCCCCAUGAAGUGUAUGUGUUCUGCUGCAGGACUAAUAGCAGCAUCAGAUUACAUGGGAACACGAUAUGGUGGUUAGCUCCACCCCUUUCCACACUGUUUUCAUAAAACAUGGAGUCCCCCAUGGAUGUUUUCCAGUAAAAAUUAAGGUGUCAUGAAAUCCAAUGAAGGAUCUCCGCCAUCUUGGCUGGCCUGUCUUCUUUGUCAUGUUCUGUGAACAGACACCCUUUCUCACUAGAUCUUUUAAGAAUGGUGCCAAGACAGAACUACAGUUAGGCACUUGCGCAUGGGGCUGCCCUUGGAGAUGGUCUGGAAGCUGAAGGUAAAUCAGAAUGUACCUUGUUGGUUUCAUUGGGCUUCUGGCCCAAUUCAAGGUGUUAGUACUAGCUUACUAAGCCCUAAACACCUUGGGAGCCAAGUACCUCAAAAAGUACCUCCCUCAGUAUAAACAAUCUCAGGCCCUAUGAUUGCCAGGGGAGGCCCAGUUGGUAUGCCACUGCUGGGCACUGCCCACUUGGUUCUGACCCAUAGCUGGGCCUUCUCAGUAUAGUUCUCCAUUUUUUCCAAUACAUCUCCGCCACCCACGGCCCUAGAGGUACAUAUGUCAUCCUCAUUAUUAACAUUCAGGAGGAAUUUUUAAACCUUCCAGGCAUUUUGAUGACUGUUUCUGGAAACUGUGAAAUUAUUAGCUAUAACAAUAUGUGACUGCUAAGAAUUUUUAUUCAUUCAUUUAUUUCUUUAAAAAAUUGUUUUGUUUUCCUCUUUUGUUGUUUGCUGUCCUGGGCUUCUUUGGGAGAGAAGGUGGGAUAAAAAUGAUUAAAUCAUUGUUGUCAUCAUCUUGUUCUGCUCCAUUUGCUAUAAAGCUGGUGCAGAAGGUCUACUGUUAAUGUAAAUGUGGACGUGUGGAAAAGGGGAGUGAAACCUAACCCCUCCCUUGUGUCAUUUCACUGUUUUGGGGUACUUCUGAAUACUUUUCUCCCACCCAGCUCAUUCCCCAUAUUGGAGCUGGGCUGAGUGAGAACAUCUUAGAGCACCUGAGCAAUAGCAAGAGCAGUAACAGGCAGCAAAACAGGACAGGCCACCCCUGCCUGCUGGACCUCAUGUGAUUAACUGGUCUUGGAUGUUUGGAAUAGUAGAGACCCAGCUGUAACAAGUGUAUUGGUGACAUGUCAUUCCAAAGUUCUGGAUGAUCUCAUUCAAUGGCUAUAAAUUGCACAGUAUACAUGUCAGUGUUUACCCGCCUGUGGAACUAUGAACAAAUGUCUCCCAAGAUGCCCAGCAAGCAUGUGCCAAGUUUACCCUCUGGGGAUUUUUGCCGGAAAGAAUGAAAUAGAACCAUUGAAGUCCUUUGAGGGCUAUAGCUAUUCUAAAUAAGGCAUCAGAACAUUGCUAUCAAUAGUAUCAAAAGUUGAGGAGCAAUCAUAGGUGAUUCACAUUUAUUCUAGGGUGCAGCUGGAGUAAGUGAUUGAACACAAUUAAUCACUCAUUAGUGAGCCUACCCAAUACUUCUCUACCAUCGUCAUGUAUGCCCAACACUGCACAGUAGAGCUCUUCCCUGUGAUUUGGGCCUUUUCCAACUUGGCCAGCAUUGUGAUGCAACAGAACUCUCCAUGAUCUGCUGUGAUUAAUUCACUAAGCAUUUUAAGGAUAAAAAUGCUAACAUCCUCCUUGAUCUGAUGUUACCAUUUCUGCAAUCCGGCUUGCAGAUACCUAGUCCUGGUUUGUUGGAUAAUUUAUUUGGUUGUGGCUUAAGGAUUUGGACAAGAUUUUUGGAGGUGUGCAUGCUCGCAUACCACUUCCCUGUCUAAUCGAUUUGGAUGAAGGAAUUGAGGGGGCUCUCAUCAAAGUUCCAUUUAGAAAAUGUAUCCAGCAGAACUAGUAUAAUAAUUUAAUAAAAAUUAAUAUAUUUUCUAAUACUUCUGCGUGCCCUACCUUCAGUCAUUGCAUUGCAUUGCAUAACCAUGCCCAGCAGUCUAGACAUUCUACAUCUGAAUGAAUGUGCACUUGAUGUAAAAUAUGAGACAGAUCCACCAUUAGGUAGAAUAAGCUUUGCAGUAUUGUUGGAUGUUACUCAGCUAAGCUGUUUACAAUACUUUUUGCCCUUUUUCUAUAGUUUGCAUAGUUUGCAUAUAGCUAAUUAAGUUUGGUUUUCUUCCCUCUCUACUAGGAUUGCUGCCUUUUCCUGUCUUUCCCCCCCACAAGCCUGCAUAACUGACACCUGGGGUUAUGAAGUCAGUCCUAGAUGGCCUCGCAGAUACGACCUUCAGAACAAUUACGACAGAUCUUCUAUACAUGGGUUCCAGCGAUAUCCAGUACGAAGAUUUCAAAAGUGA